AUGGUCUUGAGUACGUUGAGAAUGGCGGUUAGAUGUAAAGGGUUUCUACAGGCGGCUCAAAUGGCCAGGUCUAAGGUAAAGUUUGCUUCUUUUUCGUCGAUAACAAUUGAACAUCUUUUUAUUCAGUUUCCUAUCAAAGUAUAAUAAGAUUUUUAGCUUUAUUUUUAUCAUUAGUGGCUUUUUAAUAUAAAUUAAAUUAUUUUUAUUGAAAAUAAAGUUUAGCUACCAACAAAUGGCCAAAUCUACAGAUUUAUGCAUUCUGGUCCAGCUCCAGGAGUUCCGAUAACUGUAAGUAAUUUUCUUAAUAGUCUUUUGCUUUUAGAUACGUGAAAUGCAGCUGAUUAUGUAAACGUUUAAUUAAUGAUUUUUUUCGGUGUAAGAUAUUGAUGGUAAAACACUAAUGAUAUGACAUUUAUUGUUUAGGGAGUAGAAGCACGUGCUCCGACAGGAAGAGAAAUUACUAAAAGAUUGUUGGCUUUUGUCUGGCCAAAGAAUAAUUGGUCAAUAAGGCGGAGAGUUGUCAUUGCAAUGGCAUUUCUGAUUACUGCCAAAACUUUUAAUGCGUUUGUGCCGUUUCUGUUGAGAGAUGUUGUUAACUAUUAUAACGAUAAAGCGCCCGAACUACUGAAGCUGAAUUUAGACACCGGUGCUCAGACGAUAAUCACAACCGGAGUAGCGUUAAUCAUAGCUUGUAAGUUAGAGUUGAUAAGGUAGUUUAGGUAAUAUUGGUUCUUAAAGAAGUUAUAUUAGCUUUAUUUUUGAUAAAAUAGAAAAAGCUAUCGUUGUUUACCUUGUCAUCUCUAAAAUAUUUAAUUUUAGAUGGAGUAGCACGAGCAGGGAGUUCAUUAUUCAACGAACUUCGAAAUGCUGUCUUUGCCAAAGUAGCUCAACAUUCAGUGAGGAACAUUGCAAAGCAGAUAUUCACUCAUCUUCAUGGGUUAGACUUGUCUUUUCAUCUAGGACGUCAAACUGGUGCUCUAAGUAAAGCCAUUGAUAGAGGAACGAGAGGAAUGAGUUUUGUUAUGAGUGCUUUGGUUUUCAAUAUUGUACCUACGAUAUUCGAAGUGUCUUUGGUAUCUGGAAUCUUUGUAAGUUUUCUAACUAUACUUUAAGUUGUUGAUUGUUAGAUUUAUAAGCUUAUGAGUGACGGUUUUAAAGGCGUUUUGAUACUUAAAUUUUGAGUUAGCACAUAAAUAUACUGUACUACUCAAUACUAUAUACAUAUCUUCAAUUAUUGUUCUUUGUUAUCUAAAUCUUAAACUUGAUAUUUCAUACUUGAAGUUUUACAUUUUCAGUACAUAAAAUGUGGUACGGACUUUACAAUGGUAACUGCAGCUACAGUAGCCACAUACGCCGCUGCUACGAUAGGUGUGACGUUAUGGAGGACCAAGUUCAGGCAUAGGAUGAAUCAAGCUGAUAAUGAUGCGUCGAGUCGCGCAGUAGAUUCACUUAUUAAUUAUGAGACUGUUAAGGUAAGUCAUUUUGGUUUUAUUCAUCCUAUAAUAUACGUAAAGCUUUUGAUGUUACAGUAGGUUAUCUUAGGGUGUUAGUUCAUAGUUAAAAGUACAGUAUACGUUUUUUAGCCUUAGUAUGUCUAUAUUUCACACUAUUUUGAAAAAUACUAUUGUUUUAUUACGUUAUUUAAUAUAUAAAUAAUAAUAUGACAAUAUUUUUCAGUAUUUCACAAACGAAAAUUUUGAAGUAGCCAGGUACGAUCAUUACCUCCGCAAGUAUGAAGCAGCAUCGCUGAAGACAUCUUCAAGUUUGGCAUUACUCAAUUUUGUUCAAAAUGCCAUCUUUUCGACCGGUAUGAUUGCCGUUAUGGCAUUGGCCGCUCGAAAUGUGGCCAAUGGGUCAAUGACAGUCGGUGACAUAGUUAUGGUGAACACAUUACUCAUGCAGUUGUCUAUGCCAUUGAACUUCUUGGGUUCUGUGUAUCGAGAAGUACGUCAAGGUCUUCAGGAUAUGCAGACCAUGUUCUCCUUGCUGGAGUUGAAGAGUAAGAUUAUCGAGAAGCCAGAUGCCGAACAGUUGAUCACAGCUCCAGGAAAUGCUACAGUCAAGUUUGAGGAUGUUGUGUUUGGGUAGGUCAAUUAUCAGACAAUUUUUAAUUUUGUUAAAGCGGUUUGUUACAGUAAUUUGAAUGAUUAUUUUACAAUUUUAUUUACAAGGAAAGGUCCCCACCGCGCAUUGGACUGGUGAAAAACUGGUACAUACAAGUUGUAGAGCAUGGUCAAAUUAGUCAAAAACCGAAAAAAAAUUUACCCCUUGUGGGGGUUUUUUAAAAAAUUUCAUUACGUCGAAGUUUAAAAUAUUAAUUCCGUUCGCGCUAGACUUGGAAAAGAAGAGGAGUGUGCCGUGCUGCCAUAGCGCAGUGGUUGCGCUCUCGGCUAACGCUCAAAGCACGUCGGUUCGGGUCGCGCCGAGGGCACACCCUUUUGUGCCUGGAUUAAAAUUUUUAAAAAUAAAAAAAUUAUUUUUUGGUCAAAUUUUGUUUUGUUUACGUCAAAGAAUCAAUUUCUCUAUUUAUUAAGCUUAUUUUUAAUAUAAUUUAAAUUAUAUUAUUAUACUUACAAUUCUAUUUAUUUAGCAUAAUUACCUAAAAGCACAAUCAAAUAGCUCUGAACUUCUCAAAGGUCAUUUUAUCAGCAAGUAAACUCUUAUAAGUCUCCAGAUUCUCUUGAUUUCGCAGUUCAACAUAACGAUACAAUAGACCGGAUGUUCCUUUAACAAUCGAUUCGUCGUUCGAAUUUCGUUUCCAUCUGUUUAUACGUUUUCUUCCGGCCAUUAUUCAAUUCCUAAAACCACAUACUUAUCCACCAGCUCGUAAGGCACGUUGAGAUCACCUCAGAACAGAACUUCUCCAUUAUUACAAACAAAAAUAAAAUAAAAGUACUAUUUAAAGAAUAAUAGAACGAACAAAUUGUAAAAAAAACAAAAUUAGACCAAAAAAUAAUUUUUUUAUUUUAAAAAUUUUAAUCCAAGCACAAAAGAGUGUGCCCCCGACGCGACCCGAACCAACAGGCUUUGAGCGUUAGUCGAGAGCGCAACCACUGCGCUAUUGCAUCACGGAACUCUUUCCUCUUCUUUUCCGAGUCUAACGCGAGCGCAAUUAAGGUUUUUAAACUUCGACGUAAUGAAAUUUUUUAAAAAACCCUCACAAGGGGUAAAUUUUUUAUCGGUUUUUGACUAAUUUGACCAUGCUCUACAACUUGUAUGUACCAGUUUUUCACCAGUCCAAUGCGCGGUGGGGACCUUUCCUUGUUAAUAUAAAUUAAGUUAUAUUAUUGUAGGUACCUGCCAAACGCGCCAAUUCUAAACGGGCUGAAUUUUGAAAUUCCGACCGGUAAGAAAGCAGCUAUUGUUGGAGGAUCGGGUUCGGGAAAGAGUACUGUAGUGAGGUUACUGUACCGAUUGUAUGACACAGAAGAAGGAAAGAUCAAGAUAAACGAUGAAGACAUACGAGACUUUACUUUGGACAGUUUGAGGAAGUCUAUCUCUGUGGUACCUCAAGAUGCCGUACUGUUUCAUGACACCUUAUACUACAAUUUGUUGUACGGUAACACGGCGGCUACGAAGGAGCAGGUAGGGAAAAUUAGUGAUAACUUGUGCUGCAAUAUAUUUUAUUUUAAAUUGGUUUAGCACUUUGUUAUUUCACAUUAGGUUAGGUUAAAUCUAAACCAUCAGAGCACAAAUUAACAAAUGACCAUGGUUUAGGUGUACGACGUAGCCAAAAUGGCAGACCUCCACGAUGCCAUUCUGAAGAUGCCUCACGGCUACGACACGAUGGUAGGCGAACGAGGUCUGAAGAUUUCUGGAGGCGAGAAACAACGUGUCGCUAUUGCUCGUGCUAUCCUCAAGGAUGCCAACAUUAUCAUAUACGAUGAAGCCACUUCUGCCCUGGAUGCCCUCACCGAAGAACAUAUCAUGAACUCGUUGAAGAAGGCAGUUCAUGGCAAGACCUCUCUAUAUAUCGCACACAGAUUGGCCACCAUCGUCGACGCUGAUAUUAUCUAUGUCUUGGAGAACGGAAUGGUGAAGGAAUGUGGAUCACACUCGGACCUGUUGUCUCAGCCAAAUGGAAAGUACUCGGAACUGUGGAGAAGUCAACACCGCUUUGGAUGGGAAGCUGAGAGGAUGAGGAAGAUGGCACAGCAACGUGCCGAAGAGUCCGACUUUCUGAAUCAGCUGGAGAUGGACAAGUGUUGUGGACAAAGUAAUUGCAAUCGUUAGACUAAUACUGCCGACUGUCAGUCGAGCGUCCCUUAACACUCACUGACACUCCUUUUUCUGUCUAACUCUCUGAGUUUAUAGUGCCAUUGGUGCAGUCGGGGUGGUACUGUAUGACAUUGUUCUACAGUAGAACGUUUUUGAACUGAGUUUUGGUACUGACACUUGUUCUUAUGGUACCUUUUGGUACAGAAUUUUGUUUCAUACUGUCAAACGCCUCUGACGCGUUGAUUACAUUGUCGCACAGUACCCCAGUCCUACUGUAUUAUUUUUUGUAUUGCGGUGAUUCUUUUAACUGUCAUUUUAUUGCCUUGACUGAUUGGUUGUACCGGUUUUUUGCACUUUACAUAUGUUGUUAAUACUUGUAUGUUUCAAAUUGUUAUCGCUUAUUAUAGACCACGAUCAUCAUUAGAUGGACAUGGACGUCUCUCUCUCCUCCCUCUCUGGACUAGGAAUAAAUAUAUACAUAUAUUUCUAUUUGUUAUGGCAUUGUUGUAAUAAAAGUAAAACCUCAUAUCGGAUUUGGGUGAGAUGUCGUUUUAACGAUGAUAUACAUGUUACAGUAGUAUUAUAAUAGUUACUGUAUGUGAAGGUGGGUGCGAAGUAGGUGAUGUUUCUUGAUAUGAUUUACUGAGUUUUAGUCAAAAAUGGCUGCCUGUUUCAACCUGAAUUUGGAUUCUCUUCACGAAAUCGACUGGGAAACAAAGCGGAAUCACAUUGCUUCUGUAGCCUCGGGCUUCUUAGUAUGUUAUUAUUAUACUUUUUGUUAUGUUAAUUUAGUGUUGAAAAGGCUGUAAAUGGAAUGUGAUUAGUAGUGAUUCUCAUUGUUUAAUCAAUGUAAAUUUACAGUUCUUCCUUGGAAUCUGGAUCUACAUUGACACUGCCGUCGUAUACGACAAGAAGGACUGGAACAAUGCUUACAUUAUGGUAACCAUAGCUAGUGCCUUGGGUAUGUUCAUGGUCAAUGCUGUCUCGAAUCGCACCGUGCAAGGAAUUAGCUACGACGAGGGAAUCCUGGGAACUCGAGGUUGGUUUUAAAUAUAGUAUAAUAUAACGUUCCCGUUUUAUAAGUUUCAAAUAGCUUCAUUAUAAUAAGAAAUUUAUCAUAGCUAACCUGAUUAUCAAAAAAUUGAGAAGAUGAGGCGUUUGUGUUAACAUGUUCAUUAACAAAAUGUUUUAGGAGCUCGUCUCUGGCUGAUGAUCGCAUUUGUCCUCUCCUUCGCCUCUCUGGUAGCCGGCUUGUGGUUGAUGUUCUCUGAUUAUGUUCUCCAGACCGGCGAUCACACCAACUGGCCGGGAAUCGCCCUCUUCUUGAACAACUUCCUCAUCUUCUGCGCUUCCUUGGUCUACAAAUUCGGCCGAUUGGAGGAGUUGUGGCAGUAA